UCCUACUCUUUGCCUAAUGAAUCCCUGCUUGUCCUUCAGAGCUCAUCUCAGAUGUUACUACUCAAGGAAGCCUUCCUUACCCCCAGAAAAGCAAAACUUGGCCAUAAACACCUAAAAUGAAGAGCCCCCGAACUUUUGAGGAGCAAACGGAAUGCAUUAUAGACUCUCUACUCACAGACUUCUUAGGUCCCACUUGUCAGGUUGCUAACCGGACCCUACGUUGUGCAGACUCACCAGAUUCAGGAGAGGUCUGCUCUUUUGAUGUGGCCAUAAUUGCUGGUCGCCUUCGGAUGUUGGGUGACAAGUUCAAUGGAGAAUUGGAAGCUCCUGCCAAAAACAUCAUCGCAGAAGCCAUUCGGGGACAGGCAGGAGCUAUACUUCAGGACACAGUGAAAUCUCUCAGCAAGGCCUGGUGUGCCCAGGAUCCCAGCUUGGCUUAUGAGAGAGCCUUUCUGGCUGUGUCAGUGAAACUUCUUGAAUGUGUGGUCCUCAUGACUCCUGAGAUGGCCAGACAGGUGGCUAUGCCCAUGACAAAUAUGAUCAUUGGAAACACUGCCAUCCGAGAGUAUAUCCAGGGCCAGGGAGGUUGGGAAAAUCUGGAGAGCUGAAGAAGAAGUGGAGCUGUUUUCCAGCCUGAAAAACUUUGAUCUUCUUUGACUGAUCAGGUGAUUGAUCUCUGGCAAUUAAAACAGAAACAACCAAAUCAAAACCCUCUGUCUCUUGGACAGAACUGAACUUAGCUGAGUAACCUGUUUUCUACUGAUUGUUAAAGUUAGGAGCAGCUCCCAGAGGUCUGUAGAGAUUUUAUACUUUCUCCCUUUACAUGAGUUUUAAUGAGGUUUUGUUGAAGCAAAGACCUCCAGACUUAGAAGUAGUGACUUGUCAGUAGUGGAAUUCCAGGCAACAGUGCAGCCAUUUGCUGGAGAUACUGUGGGGAAAAGGGAGCACACAGUAAACCAUUCCUUCAGAUUUAGUCCUGUCCUCUGGUAAGGAUCUUGUCUACUAAUUUUUCAGUCUAAAGUGUUUCAGGGAGGUCUUUGGUUAGAAAACCUUGUUAUUUUAAGUUGAGGAUUUUCUUUUAAAUUCAUAACCUAAAUCUCAUAUUAAUUUCACCUGAGCCAAAUUAUUUUAUGUAUUUUCAAGGCUGGAAGCAAAAAAAAUAGCAUUUUGUUCAUCUGCUCUUCUACUAGGAAGGCCAAAGAGCAAUAAAACAGUUGCUGCAUUUUUAUUGCCACAGGAUGCAGGAAGUGCUGGUCCACUUCUGGGACAGUGGGGCCAUCCCAGCUUAGAUGAGGCUAGCUACAUACCACAGUGUUUUUCAAAGUGCAGUUUACAUACCACUUUCAUGUGACCUUAUACGUUGCUGAGUUCCAGGCCCCAUCCCCUAGAGAUUCUGAUUCUGUAGGGGAGGGCUGGGGCCUAGGUUCCUAACUUUUUAAUCAGAUCCACUGGUGCUUCUAAUGUACACAUAAAUUUUGAGAACCGUCACUUUAGAGCAAGGGUUGGGAAAUUAGAGCCCACAGGCCCAAUCAGCCCACCACUUAAAAAAUUUUUUUUUUGUAAAGAAAGUUUUAUUGAAAUGCAGCUACACUCACUUGUUUACAUAUUAUUUAUGGCUGUUUUAGCAUCGCAGCAGCAGAGUUGAGUAGUUAUGGCAGACACCAUAUAGCCUGUCCUGUAAAGCUUUAAGUAUUUACUAUCUGGCCCUUCAAGUUUGCAGACCCCUGCUCUAAAGCUAAAUGAACAUUUCUCCUUGUGUAAUUUAAACUCUGUUGCAAUCCUGAUAAUUCCAAACAGAACUGUAGAUAGGAUAACUCCUUUUUCAGAAUUUAGUCUGAGUGUUUGUUAGUUUUUGCAUAGUCCACACUUUCUUUAGAACCUUUGGCAAAAGGAGCUCUGUGACUCCUGAGUAUUCGAUAGAAGGUAUACAUUUCCCUGGCCCUGCCACAAGUGAUUGGAGGUAAAGCAUAUGGUUUCUAUGGUCUGUGUAUCUCAUAUCAGUUCUUAAUAAUCUCAUAGAUUAGUAGGCAGUCAUCAAAUAGAGACUUCUUCAUCCCUAAGUCCCCAAACCAGACGAUUUACCUGAACAUCAAGAAGAAAAUCACUACUAAAGCAUUACUGUAUCUGUUUUUUUAAGAGAGGCGUUAAUGGCUUUAACUAAAGUUUAACAAAGUUAACCACAUCCCCUCCCUUCACCCAGCCAGCCAUCUGGCUCCCCUAGAUACACAGAAAUAAAGCUGUAGUGCUGUUAAUGUAUUCUGACUUUUUCAAGUUAUGCUAUUUCCUCUAUUCUUCGAUAAAUCACAAUUAGGUUAGUAAUCCAGAAAUGAGAUUUCAUGUUUCUCUUUAGUAGAAAUUAGCUUUUUUUUGCUACCAAUUUAAGACACUUGAUGUAUUCCUUUGUCCCUUACAUUACUGUAAACUAAGCAUGGUGAGUUUUGUGGUAUUUGACCUCUUAGGUGAAAUCAUUAUUUUCACUUUGACUAAUGCUGUUCUGUUCAUGAAAUAAAAUUCUUCUCUCUAUGCAUUUGAACUAAUUCUCAGCAAGUGCAAUCUAAAUU